UUUGUGAUCGGAAGUAAAGACCACGCUUGAAGUUAUUGAGCUGUCAAAAAACGUUUAGUCGUCGUGUUGUUAUCGUUUUGCUACAACUUAAGAUUUUAUUUAUUUUUUACUUUUUACUAUGUUAGACGACGUGAAACGUGUGAUAUUGGUAUUGUCGGGAAAAGGCGGUGUGGGAAAAUCUACCGUGAGCACUCAGUUAGCUUUAACAUUGAAGGAAAGAGGUUAUAAGGUUGGACUUCUAGACGUCGACUUAUGCGGCCCCAGUGUGCCUUAUCUACUGAAUCUUGAGAACCAAAACGUCCAUCAAGGCCCGCAGGGAUGGGUCCCCGUGUACACAGACCCAGAGCAGAAGCUUGGGGUUAUGUCCAUAGGCUUUCUGUUAAGUUCUCGCAACGACGCGGUGGUGUGGAGGGGGCCUAAAAAGACCUCCAUGAUUAAGCAGUUUUUGGAGGAUGUGCAGUGGCAGGAGCUUGAUUAUCUUGUCAUCGAUACUCCACCAGGCACUUCAGAUGAGCACAUAACGGUGAUGGAGAAUUUGCGUCAAGUGCCCCAGUGUUCCGCCAUUUUGGUGACCACGCCGCAGCAAGUUGCCAUCGAGGAUGUGCGGAAAGAAAUCACCUUCUGCAGAAAGACCGGCAUUCCCAUCAUGGGUAUCAUUGAGAAUAUGAGUGGCUAUGAAUGUCCAAACUGCAGCGAAUGCACAAACAUCUUCUCCAGCGGAGGCGGAAAGUCCCUAGCCGAGUAUGCCAAGAUCCCAUUCCUCGGCAGUGUACCCAUUGACCCUCGAGUGGGCAAGCUAGCUGGAAAAGGGCUAGCUGCCGUCACAGAGCUGCCAGAUUCAACAACUAGUAAAGUGUUUGAUGAGCUGGUGAGGACGCUUGCGCAGAAUGAUAAAGCGUAGACAUCAGUCUAUAUUCAAUACAAUUCGAAGGUAUUUAAGGCCACAAUAAACAUUGGUAGUUGAAUUUGAAAUGAAUAGACUAGGUCCUAGGAAAUAGGUAUAAAAAUCAUUUAAAUGGAAUCAUCAAUGUUAAGGGGCCAUUGAUUACCAGUUCGCCGGACGAUAUCGGCUUGUCAGUUAUUCACGAUUGUCAGCUUUUGCGAAUAACUGACAGGCCGAUAUCGUCCGGCAAACUGGUAAUCAGUGGGCCCCUUCACGGUCAAAAUAUUUUGAAUAAAGACUUACAAGGUGUAACAAAAAUAAUGGGGAUCCGUUUUAUGGACAUAUCCGGUUUCGUGUUCUGAUUAGAAAAAAGUAGGAGAAAAAUUAUUUUGACGCGAAAUUUUUUUGGCCUUUGUAUGGUGGGUUGGCCGUCUUGGAUAAUCUGUCCCAUAGGAAAAAAGCUUACUUUUUCCUAAUCGGAACAGGAUAUCGAAUAUGCCCUUGAACGGAUCCCCACUAUUUUUGUUACUCCUUGUAUACGUAUGUUGUAGUGACAGCCAACGUUAUGUUGUUAUCAUAAUCCUUAAAAUGUACAAAAUGUACUUAAAAGUUGUAAAAUGUUGAUAACCAUACUCUCAAAACAAAACUUUCAAACCAUUCCUUUAGUUGUUAUGUGUUUGUUUUUCGUUAAUUUCAAGGGUGCAUCCCUGAGCUAAAAUUAAGUACCUCUCUCAAAGACACCGGUAUUCUAAUUAACUCCAUUUAGGAGAUAAUCAAUAAUUUAUUUUUAUCUUAUAAGGCUCUUAAGAGCGUAUACACUUGCCUUAGCGCCUGUUUACAUAUUGAUUAGUGUUUAGUACGAGUGUAUACAUUUGCUACUAAACCUAAGUAUCUCAGACGCUUGAUGUUCAAAAUGACAUUGAUAUGUCACAGUUUUCAAUUUUUUGUUUGAAUUAAAUGUAAUGCCCGUGUUACAACAACGCUGUAUGCAACAUUUAAUUACUUUUUAUAAAAAAAUCUUUUUUUGAAAAUUUACUAUGCCAUUUAGUUUCCUUAAACGUACCCAUGCCCCGGAGUUAACGGAAGUCAAUAAAAACACGGUGUAUAAUAAAAUAAAAAACCUCUAAAAAAAACUUCUAAAACACAAUUACAUUUAUUACGAAUCUACUAAGAUAUUAUGUAAAUAGGAAUAACAUUCAAUUGUACAUAAACAUUAUAAAAUGCAUUUGGUUUUUCUAACAUCAAUAUUUUCAACAUUCAUAAUAUAUUUUAUAAUAAAAAACAUACAAAAUAUCGUACAGAUGAAGACACUUAGAUAUAGACAUUGUCUCAUUUAAAUAAGGUUUACUUUGGCAUGUGUCUUCAUUGGUACCUUAGAUUUACCCUGAUAUUGUAUAAUUCGGUUUGUUACCAAUAAAAUAAAUUGUUGUCUUACGA